AUGUGUGGCAUCUAUAGCAGAGCUGCCCUGACCCUGUCGGUGCCCAUCUGUGAUGAGUCAUCAGAAAGCUUUGUGAACAAGCGGGAAAAUGGAUCUCUGUUCGGCCAGAAAGAUGAUGAGGCCAUACUCAGUUACAAAGAAGGCAGUAUCCAUUUUGGCACAAAAUGGAACCGCCCGGGCUACAUGUUUCUAGAAGGAGCCUGGAGCAGAGGUUCACGGAGCCUAGCCCGCGAAAGCAAUGCUUGGCUGCGCAGAGGUUGGACAUUCCAGGAAUGGAUGCUCUCACCGAGAGUCCUACAUAUCCACAGCAUAACACUAUGGGAUUGUUUCAGCGGGUACGGCAGUGAAACAACCCAUAGGCAUGUGAAGGAACCUUUUCUUAAACGAGAGCCUGGGCAGUUCGAGUCAGAGGGCGGCAUUUCCUGGACAGAUAUCGUCCGAGAGUACUGCGAGCGGUCUAUCAAGUAUGACAAGGAUAGGUUACCGGCGAUCGCUGGGCUCGCUAAUCGCUUCCGUGAGCGGACAGGAUACCAUUACCUCGCGGGACUCUGGCGCGAGGAGUUACCUCUUACCCUUUUGUGGUACAAGGGGAAACAAGAGUCUUGGCACACGACGAGCCCAGACGAUAAGAAAACCACGAAUCUACCAUCGUGGAGCUGGGCGGCGGCUGGUAGUUUUUCCGGUUACGAUUAUCUAGUGAGGAAAUUCACGUCGACAAUGGAUACGAUUACGACUGCGACCGUUGAGUCAGAUUGGCUCCAAGAGAGCCCCUCCGACUCAUUGCUUGAAGUGGACGGAAACGCCUGGAUUGAUGUUGAUGGAUAUGUCAGCAUUGUACAAAGCAUGGAAACAGGCGGCUCUGAACCCCUACUUCCAUUUCCACUCAACGCCGCAGGAAUUUGGUGGAAUUCGAACCCAGACGAUCAAAAGUAUUCGCCUCCUGAUGUCGCCGGGGGCAAUUUCUACUUACUUGGUAUUGGGUGGAGGCCCGCUAGCUUGAGAGGUGGGGGAGAAUAUCCUGCUGCAGUAGACUUUAGGAAUUACUUUGCUCUUGUGCUGCAAAGAGUUGAACGGCCAGGUACUAUCCACGACUGCUUUCGGAGGGUGGGUGUGGCCGUAGCCGGGUCUCUUGCUUUUACAAGGCAGCACUCGAUUCGGCACUCUCAACUGACUUGGGAGCGCCGAGGUAUUCGUUUAGUCUGA